GAAGCGAGGCAGUACCGUACCCGCGGCGGACAUUACUAUAACUUCCGUUUGCAGCCAUGACCUUCAGGACGCGAUGUUUCCAGCUGCUCCUGCUGUCGUGCUGUGUGACAACCUGCCUGUUGCAGAUAGACGAGAGAGGCUUCACGGGUACGGAGACCAACGACGGGGUGUGGGUCGGCACCAGAGCCAAACAAGUCCUGAGCAGCCGACUCACCACCGUCUUCCUCCCCAUCAUCUACAUCAUCGUGUUUAUUGUGGGGCUGCCCACCAACGCCAUGGCGAUCUGGGUGUUCCUGUUCAGGACCAAGAUCAAGCACCCGUCGGCGAUCUACAUGGCCAACCUGGCUCUGGCCGACCUGCUCUUCGUCAUCUGGGUGCCCUUGAAAAUAGCGUACCACUUCAACGGCAACGACUGGAUCUACGGAGCGGGGUUGUGCAAAGUGCUGGUGGCGUUUUUCUACGGCAACAUGUACUGCUCCAUCGCCUUCAUCGCCUGUAUAAGCAUCCAGCGUUACUGGGCUGUGGUGUACCCGCUGUCCCAGCAGCGGAACAGCAACUGUUUGGCGGUUUCCAUCUCCGUCACGAUCUGGGCGGUGGUCUGGCUUCUCACGAUCCCCCUCUACCUGUACGAUCAAGAGGUCCGUGUAACGAACCUCAACAUCCUCACCUGCCAUGACGUCACCAGGCCCAGUCAGAAGAAGAUAGCGGCGGGCUACUUCCUGACAAUGGGAACACUGGGAUUUGUGGUUCCCACCAUGGUGUGCAUCAUAUCCUACGUCCUCAUGCUCAAGUCUCUCAGGAACAGCAUGGCGGACCCCACCAUCGCCAAGAAGCGACGCAAGGCCGUGGUGUUGAUCGUCACCGUGUUGGUGAUGUUUUUGGUGUGCUUCGCCCCCAGUAACAUCAUGCUGCUGGUGCACUACAUCCACCUGUUGGGCGGGGCCACCAACAACAUGUACGGCUUCUACAUCACCACCCUGUGCUUGGCGAGUCUCAACAGCUGCAUUGACCCUUUCGUUUACUACUUCAUCUCGGAGGAAUUCAGGGAGCACGUGAAGAACACGCUGCUCUGCAGGAGCGAGAGGACGGUGGAGCGGAUGAGGGUUUCCUUCAGCGCCCUCAAAUACUCCAAGAAGAGAAACGUGUACACGUCUGAUUCAGGGAAGACGCAGAGCUCUGAUUGCUGAGCUCAUCCCGGAUCAUUAAACUGAAAUAAAGUGGAUUUCUUCAGGGAGAGUCGUCUGUGGCGAUGACCUCCGAGAAAUUUUGAGCUGUCUUGGUUUUGUAAAUGAAGUUUAUUUUUAUAUCAUUUAUAAUACAACUGUUUCUUUGAUGGAGUUUGAUUUUAUUGCACUUGGAUAUGAGCAUUUGCCUUUGGUCAUUUUAUUGUGUCUAAUCUUCUGUGUUGACAUUUUAUUGAGAUGAACUGUAUUUGCUUUGAGCCUUGACCUGAAAUGGGCAAAGUUCAGGAUAUCAUGAGCUUGUAUGUGUUUUUUAAAGUAAUAUUUUACAGUUUGCUAAUAAAAGUAA